AUGGCUGCACAGAAGCUGCUCCUGACUGUAUCCAUGUGGCUUCUGGCAGGGAACCUCUUGGUGGAGGCAACUUACUACCGGCACCACCGCUUUAUCCCUCACUACCGCUACCGCGAGCACUCCGCCAACACAGAAAAUCUACUGCCUGAGGUUUCCAACCCAGUCCCUGAAGCCUCCCAGCCUGCCGUUCAGACGCACCCUGAGAUUUCUGAAGUUUUGCAUCGUGCACCUGAAUCUUUCAAUCCUAUACCUGAAGCUUUCCAUCCUGUGCCUGAGGUCUUCCAUCCUGCACCCGAGCCUUACCAUCCACCAAGAGCCUUUCAGCCAGCACAUGAAGCCCCCUCACCUCUCAACAUGAGCCGCAUCUUCUUCGGGAUCAUGUUCGACGCUGGGAGCACAGGCACCAGAAUCCACAUCUACAAGUUUAUUCAGAAAGACCCAGUUGAGCUGCCGGUUCUGGACAACGAGAUUUACCAUGCAGUUAAACCCGGCUUGUCAGCUUAUAAAGACAAUCCUGAAGAGGGUGGCAACACCGUCAGACAGCUUCUGAAGAUUGCCAAAAAGGCAGUCCCAGAGGACAACUGGAAGCAGACCCCAGUGGUCUUAAAAGCCACAGCAGGUCUACGGCUGCUGCCUGAAGACAAGGCCAAUGCUCUGCUGGAUGAGGUACGAGAGGUAUUUCAUGAGUCCCCUUUCUACAUACCAAACAACAGUGUCACCAUCAUGAAUGGAACGAAUGAAGGAGUCCUGGCCUGGGUCACGGUGAAUUUCCUUACAGGUCACUUGUAUUCCAACACAAAGAAGACAGUCGGGAUCCUGGAUUUGGGCGGAGGAUCUACACAGAUCACUUUCCUUCCCAAGUCGAGGAAAACAGUUUACUCUGCUCCACCCAGUUACAUUGCCAGAUUCAAUAUGUUCAACAACACAUAUAAGCUCUACACACACAGUUAUCUGGGAAAUGGACUAUAUGCGGCUCGACUUGCAACUCUCGGGGCGCUAGGAGCUGAUGGUCUGGAUUGGAAGAUCUUCACAAGUUCCUGUCUUCCCAAGAAGUUCAGAGAGGAUGUGACUUUUGGAGGAAUCAGCUACAAAGUCAGCGGCAUUCCAGAUGGCUAUGCCGGCUAUAAGCUGUGUUACUAUGAGGUGAUGAAGGUGAUCAAGGGGGUCGUGCACCAGCCAUAUGAAGUGAAGGGCAGCAGCAUCUUCUACGCUUUCUCAUACUACUUUGACAGAGCGGUGGAGUCAGGUCUUAUCGAUGGAAGUCGUGGGGGUGUGGUUGAAGUCAGAGAUUUCAAGAAAAGAGCCAAGGAAGUGUGCAACAAGAUGACCAAGUAUCGUGCUAUCAGCCCCUUCCUCUGCAUGGAUAUGACAUAUAUCACUUGCCUGCUAAAGGAGGGUUUUGGCUUCAAGGACAACACUGUGCUGCAGCUAACCAAGAAAGUGAACAAUGUGGAGACAAGCUGGGCCUUGGGGGCCACCUUUGACCACUUCCGUAACCUCAACAUCCACUAA